UAGCUUGCAUUAUUGAUGAGAGUAAUGGCGUUGCUGUCUGUCUGGAGUGUGAUGCGUGUGGCGAUCCCAUUCAUCUCGGUGGUUGGCCUGCUGAGCGUGAGGCUUGUGGGGGCCAGCCAGGACUCUGGGAGUGUCAUUCCUGCAGAAAGUCGUCCCUGUGUUGACUGCCAUGCAUUUGAGUUCAUGCAGAGGGCGUUGCAGGAUUUAAAGAAGACGGCGUAUAAUCUAGACACACGGACAGAAACCCUCCUCCUGAGAGCGGAAAAGAGAGGCCUGUGUGAUUGCUUUCAUGCAAUACACUGA